AUGAUGCUGACGAUCAACAGAGUCGUCGCUGUGGUCGUGUAUCUGAGCGUCGGCCUCACGACGGCGAGGCUUCCGGACGACAUCAACGACGGCCAGUCACCCGAGCCAACACAUAGUGCAGGUGGAUGGCCAAACCCCGAGCCCAUGGACGGGCCUAUCCCAAACAACAACAAGCCGCAGACUAUGGAUCCGACAGUGAUCCGGCGUGAGGACGGAAAGCUGUUCCUAUACCACACGGCGAAGAACGGCAGCGUCUGGACUGCCGACUCGCUGUACGGCCCCUGGAAGCACGAGGGGAACGCUCAUCUGCCCGAGUUUGGCGGUGCCCCCUCGAUUCACAAGGUGGACGACACCUACUACAUGUUCUACAACAACCACGAAUUCGAUUACAGGACCAUCGGCAUCAUGAACGAAGCGGCGCAGACGUGGUACCACGGCGCAAAUGUUCGCGUGGCUUCGUCCAAGACGCUGAUGCCGACCGAGUGGACGCAGCACGGCCGCCUGGAGAUCGACUGGGCUAUGCGGUACAACAUCCUGGACGCGUCUCUCCUCACAGCAGGGCACGGCGACCACCGCCGGCUUCUUUUCACGUUUGGUUCUUAUCAGCGAGGCAUAUUCCAGCUGCCGCUGGCGGAUCCACCGACCAAGAUCGCCCACGGUGCCAACGACAGGAUCACGCACCUGGCGAACAACGUGACAAAGGCUAUCUCCGGUGGACCAACGGAGGGAGCCUUCGUAUUCAAGUGGAAAGAGUACUAUUAUCUGUUCUACUCAUCAGGGCGCUGCUGCGUGCAGCCGAAGACCAGGGAAUGGCUGGGAAGGGGCGACGUGUACAAGGUCAUGGUCUGCCGCUCGAAGGACCCUCGAAAGGGUUAUGUCGACGACCAAGGCGUGGAUUGCGCCAAUGACAGCGGCGGCAAGGAAAUCUUGGGAACUCACGACAACAUCUGGGCGCCUGGCGGACAAGGUGUCAUGGUGGACGACGAGGCUGGAGGGCCCAUCAUUUACUACCAUUAUGUGCCGUACGAUCAGGAAACUGAUACCAAGCAAAAGGCAUAUCACUUUGGUUGGAACAAGCUUGACUUUAGCUCCGGAUGGCCGGUUGUCAUCUGA